CGGGGAGCCCUGGCCGAUGCCCAGGCACAUAACUCCGUCCCGACGCCGCAGAGAGAGCGAGCGAGCAACCGCCGAAGAGAAGCGGCGACAUGAAGGCAGCUCUGCUCGUCCUCCUCGUCCACGCUUCCUCUGUUUCUUCUCAGUUCUCCGGCAUCCGGGGGGACGCUCUGGUGGAGAAACAGUGUCUUCAACAGCCCCUGGACUGCGAUGACAUCUAUUCCCAGGGCCUGCAGGCAGAUGGGGUCUAUCUCAUCUACCCUCUGGGCCCUAGCGUCCCGGUCCCCGUCUUCUGCGACAUGACCACCGAUGAAGGGAAGUGGACGGUUUUCCAGAAGAGAUUCAACGGCUCCGUCAGCUUCUUCAGGGGCUGGAACGACUACAAGCUGGGUUUCGGGCGAGCCGACGGGGAAUACUGGCUGGGUCUGCAGAAUCUUCACCUCCUGACCCUGAAGCAGGAUUACGAGCUGCGUGUGGAUCUGGAGGACUUCGAGAACAACACGGCCUUUGCCAAGUACAAAGACUUCUCCAUCUCACCUAACGCCAUCAGCGCAGAAGAGGAUGGGUACACCCUCCACGUGGCUGGCUUUGAAGACGGGGGAGCAGGCGACUCCCUCAGCUAUCACAGCGGCCAGAAGUUCUCCACCUUCGACCGGGACCAAGACCUCUUCGUGCAGAACUGCGCGGCCCUCUCCUCCGGGGCCUUCUGGUUCCGGAGUUGCCACUUCGCCAACCUCAACGGCUUCUACCUGGGCGGCUCUCACCUCUCCUACGCCAACGGCAUCAACUGGGCCCAGUGGAAGGGCUUCUACUAUUCCCUCAAACGUACCGAGAUGAAGAUCCGCCGGGCCUGAGGCGGCCUCCGCUCCCUGGCCGCGGCUACCUUUUAUCGCUUCACUCGCCUGCCGCCGGGCCCCGGGCCGGGGCCGGCGCUCUGCCAUUUUAAGACGUCGCCGUCUCCCGUCGGCCCCCGCCCCGCUUCACCCCCGUCGGCCCCCCCCGCCCACCCCCCCG